AUGGCAUUUACCCUCUGUCAACAAAAUGGACAAAGAACCUAUGGGGGACCUCCACCCAAUUGGGGUACUAAGCCGCCACCAAGUAGAGAUUGUGAAGUUUUUAUUGGACGACUUCCUAGAAUGUGUUUCGAAGAUGAAUUGAUUCCAUUAUUUGCUAGCAUGGGAGAGCUUUAUGAAUUUAGAUUGAUGUUGGAUUUUUCUGGAACGAAUCGCGGGUAUGCUUAUGCUCAUUAUACGACACCAGAAGGUGCUUUAAGAGCAAUCAAAUGUCUUAACAAAUACGAAAUAAGACCGGGUCAUUUAAUUGGAGUACUUAAAAGUAAAAAUAAUUGUAGGCUGUUGUUUGGAAAUAUUAAAUCCGGCGUUCAGAUAAAAAAUUUCUCCGAUUUUAUUCGAAACGCUACUGAACAAGUAUUAAACGUCAUCAUGUUUGAAAAAUUCAGCGAAUUAAAAUCAACAGAUUACAGGAUAUCAUCCGAAGUUGAAGAAGCUUUUUUGGGAAGGGUAUUGAAAAACGAAGGAAAAUUUGCUAUUGUAGAAUAUGAAAAUCACAAAGCGGCUGCUGUUGCCAGAAGGGUAUUGAUUCCUAAAUAUGGUCAUAUAUUGGCAAUUGAUUGGGCAGUACCACCUCGAGAUAGAAAACGCAUCAUAAGUAGUAACGAAUCAACGACUUCCAACGGUUCUCAAACAAAUUCAUCAAAUCAAAUGAUAUUCGAUUCAAAUAUUUUAUCACCCAUGAAAGUCUGUACUAAAAUUCGUCCAGUUCCUGAAUUGAUUGUCGAGCCUUCGAUAAUGGAUGACGUACCUUUCAUGCACAAAUCAUUUUUCAACAUUGUUAAAUAUUUCAAAUAUCAAAUAAGCUUGUGUUUGUACAUAAGCACCGAUCGUUUGGAAAUCCCACUUUUUAUAUGUAAAGAAAUCGAAAGGAAAAUUGUUAAUCGUAUAACGAAUUUAAAAAACUGCAGCGAAGCCAUACAGUUGAUAUUUAAUUAUUUUUCAUGGUAUAAUGAAAAAAAAAAUUUUGUCAUCGAUUACGAGGUUCAAGGCCUUUUGCAAGAAGUUAAACUUUACUCUGACGUUUUCGUACAAUACGUUAUGAAAAGAUUUCAAAUGCCUCAAAAUCAAAUUUUACCAGAAGAAGAAUAUUAUUCUUACACUUUACCACUUAACCUCAGCAUAUUAUUUAAAAUUAUUUUAAGAGGUAGCACGGAACGACAAUUAAAAAUUUCCGGCAUAACGAAAGGUUUAAAUUGGCUCACUGGUGUCAUGAAAAGCAACGAACUCAGAUUGAAAUAUUUUAUAGAAGAAGUCAUGGCUCAAAUGGCAAAAGAACAACCUUCGGCUGUUGAAAAAUCUUGCGCUUUGGCCAAAUCAAUAUUUUUAAAUGCCAUAACAUCAAAUUCUCAAACUCAAAAUUGUUACGGAUCAUCUCGAGAUGAUAUUCAUCAGCAAAUAUUAAAUUAUAAAAUGGAUGAUAAAAAUUAUCAAUGUAGUAACGGAUUGGAAUCGAAGAGUAUAAUUUUACCAUCCGCCAUGGAAACGAAAAACCAAACGACGGAUAUUGAUUUUCCAAACAAUUCAACGACUUCCGAUAAUUCGAUAAAAAUAUUACCACCGGUACCUUUACUAAUAAUAAAACCUUCGAUAAUGAACAAUCCAACGUGCAUGUCAAGAGUUUUCUUUUGCGCCAUAGCAUUUUUCAAACACAUGUUGAGAAUUUGUGCAAAUACGUACAUAUGGCAAAUGAACAUACCGCAACAGAUAUAUCGAGAAAUCGAAAUUAAAAUAAUCGAUAGAAUAUCGAAUAUGGAAAAUUGCAGCGAAGGAGUACAAUUGAUGAUAAAUUAUUUUUCAUGGUGGAUAGAAAGAAGACAGGGUAAAAGUUCAAAGGAAAUCCACGUUAUUUUAUCCGAAAUAAAACUUUAUUCAAAUUCGUUCGUACAAUUCGUAUGGAACAAAACUCUCAAUUCCAACGUGGACGUGAUCAAUUCUGAUAAUUAUUAUUGUAAUGCGUUACCCUUGAAAUUAUCAUUGCUUCAUCAAAUAUGUCUCAUAUACAACAGCGGACAACCUUAUAGAUACGUCGUUUACAUAACGAAAGGUUUAGCAUGGCUAGAUGAAAUCAUUGAGAAAGGAAGUAAAGAAUGUAAAGCUUUAAUAUCGGAAUUGAGUAGAUUCAUAUUGGAAUUAAAUUCGGAUUCGUACGAAUGGGCUAAAUUAAAAGGUAAAUCAAUUAUUAACGAAAUUAUUAAUCCCGACAUAUUGUUCGACGUACAUAAUAAAUAUUCGGAUUAUAAUAUUUUAUCAAAUCAAAUCAAAUCCAUUUAUUUUAACGAUUAUGAUAUUAUGGAUUCUAAAAAUUUUAAUAUUUAA